AUGGAGGACGCGCACAGUAAAUCGGCCCAAGAAGUCUGCCGAUUCUUCGGAACCGGAGAUGAUGGUUUAUCCGAUGAUCAAGUUGAAAAGCUUCGUGAGAAAUAUGGAGCCAACGAAUUGCCUGCUGAGGAAGGCAAAACCAUCUGGGAACUCAUUCUAGAACAGUUCGACGAUCUCCUUGUUAAAAUCUUGCUCUUGGCCGCUAUUAUUUCUUUCGUACUCGCCCUCUUUGAGGAACAUGAAAACCAAACCGAAGCCGUCACUGCCUUCGUUGAACCAUUUGUCAUUCUUCUCAUUCUUAUUGCUAAUGCUACCGUCGGAGUAUGGCAGGAACGUAACGCUGAAUCCGCUAUUGAAGCUUUAAAGGAAUAUGAACCCGAAAUGGCUAAGGUUGUUCGCGCCGGUAGUCACGGUAUUCAAAUGAUCAGAGCCCGUGAACUCGUUCCCGGAGACUUGGUUGAAGUAUCAGUCGGAGACAAAAUCCCAGCUGAUCUUCGCCUCGUCAAGAUUUACUCCACCACUAUCAGAAUUGAUCAAUCUAUUCUUACUGGAGAAUCUGUUUCCGUUAUCAAGCACACCGACUCUGUUCCCGAUCCACGUGCCGUAAACCAGGACAAGAAGAACUGUCUGUUCUCUGGAACUAAUGUUGCUUCUGGAAAGGCUAGAGGAAUCGUUUUCGGAACCGGAUUGAACACCGAAAUCGGAAAAAUCCGUACCGAAAUGGCCGAAACUGAAUCUGAAAAGACCCCUCUUCAACAGAAACUCGAUGAAUUCGGAGAGCAACUUUCCAAGGUUAUCUCCAUCAUUUGCGUUGCUGUAUGGGCUAUCAAUAUUGGACACUUCAACGAUCCAGCUCACGGAGGAUCAUGGGUUAAGGGAGCCAUCUAUUACUUCAAAAUCGCUGUUGCUCUUGCCGUAGCUGCUAUUCCUGAAGGUCUCCCAGCUGUCAUCACUACCUGUCUUGCCCUCGGAACCAGAAGAAUGGCCAAGAAGAACGCUAUCGUUCGUUCAUUGCCAUCUGUUGAGACUUUGGGAUGUACUUCCGUCAUUUGCUCCGAUAAGACCGGAACCCUCACCACUAACCAAAUGUCCGUCUCCAAGAUGUUCAUUGCUGCCAAUGCUGCCAACGACAAGAUCGAUUUCCACGAGUUCACCAUCUCUGGAUCCACCUAUGAACCAUCCGGAAAGGUUUCGUACAAUGGAAAAGAAAUCAACUGCUCCAGCGGAGAAUUCGAGGCUCUCACUGAAUUGGCUAUUAUUUGUUCUAUGUGUAACGACUCUGCUGUUGACUACAACGAUACCAAGAAGGUUUACGAGAAAGUCGGAGAAGCCACUGAGACCGCUUUGGUUAUCCUUGCUGAGAAGAUGAAUGUUUUCAACACCCCCAAGAAUGGACUUUCUCCCCGUGAUUUGGGAAAUGUCUGCAACCGUGUCAUCCAACAGAAAUGGAAGAAAGAGUUCACUCUCGAAUUCUCUCGUGAUCGUAAAUCUAUGUCUGCUUAUUGUGUCCCAACUAGCGGAGGAAACGCUGCUAAGAUGUUCGUCAAGGGAGCUCCAGAAGGAGUUUUGGGAAGAUGCUCUCAUGUUAGAGUUAACGGACAAAAGGUUCCACUCACUCAAGCUAUGACCCAGAGAAUUGUUGACCAAUGUGUCCAAUACGGAACUGGACGUGAUACUCUUCGUUGUCUCGCUCUCGGAACCAUCGAUGCUCCAAUGAGCCCAUCCGACAUGAACCUCGAGGAAUCUGCACUCUUCGCCAAGUAUGAGAAGGAUAUCACCUUCGUUGGUGUUGUUGGUAUGCUUGAUCCCCCACGUACUGAGGUUUUCGACUCCAUCAAGGCUUGUAACCAUGCCGGUAUCAGAGUUAUCAUGAUCACUGGUGACAACAAGAACACCGCUGAAGCUAUCGGAAGACGUAUCGGACUCUUCGGUGAGAACGAAGAUAUCACUGGAAAGUCUUACACUGGACGUGAAUUCGACGAUCUCCCAGCCGAACAACAAUCUGAUGCUUGCCGUCGUGCUAAGCUCUUCGCUCGUGUCGAACCUUCCCACAAAUCUAAGAUUGUCGAUAUCCUUCAAAGCCACGGAGAAAUUACUGCUAUGACUGGUGACGGAGUUAACGACGCCCCUGCUCUCAAGAAGGCCGAAAUCGGUAUUUCUAUGGGUUCCGGAACUGCUGUAGCUAAAUCUGCCUCUGAAAUGGUCUUGGCUGAUGAUAACUUCACUUCCAUUGUCGCCGCUGUUGAAGAAGGACGUGCCAUCUACAAUAACAUGAAACAAUUCAUCCGUUACCUUAUUUCCUCCAACGUCGGAGAAGUCGUCUCCAUCUUCAUGGUCGCUGCUCUUGGUAUCCCAGAAGCCCUUAUCCCAGUCCAACUUCUCUGGGUCAACUUGGUUACUGACGGUCUCCCAGCUACUGCUCUUGGAUUCAACCCACCUGAUCUUGAUAUCAUGGACCGUGCUCCAAGAUCUGCUCACGAUGGACUUAUCUCCAAAUGGCUCUUCUUCCGUUAUCUUGCUGUCGGAACAUACGUCGGAGUUGCCACUGUUGGUGCUUCCAUGUGGUGGUUCCUCCUUUACGAGGAAGGACCUCAAAUCAGCUAUUACCAACUCACUCACUGGAUGCGUUGCGAGAUUGAGCCAGAGAACUUCGCUGACCUCGAUUGCGCCGUAUUCGAAGAUAACCACCCUAACGCCAUGGCUCUCUCUGUACUUGUAACAAUCGAAAUGCUCAAUGCUAUCAACUCUUUGUCUGAGAAUCAAUCUCUCUUCGUCAUGCCACCAUGGAAGAACAUCUGGUUGUUGGCUGCUAUCACUCUUUCGAUGUCUCUUCACUUCGUUAUUCUUUAUGUUGACAUUUUGGCCACCAUCUUCCAGAUCACUCCUCUUGGAUGGGCUGAAUGGGCUGCCGUCUUGAAGAUCUCUUUACCUGUAUUACUUCUUGAUGAAGUUCUCAAGUUUAUCGCCCGUAACUACAUCGAUGGUAAGCCUGAAACACCAGGGGCUAAAGUUAAAGCCAUUCUUUCCCUUGUGUUCUGGGGAGGAAUCUGGUUUGCUUACUUCGGAUGGAUGCUUGGACCUUAUGCUGCUUCUAUCGAAAGAGCUCUUAAGGGACCAGUUUCACUCGAAGAGACCUAUAAGCAUUCCGAGUUAUAA